UUGAUACACAAGAGAGAUGGAGAAUUAUGCAUGUGAUGCCGAAAAUGGUGAGAAAAAGCUUAGGUUGUUCGGGUUCGAGCUCGAUCCGAGUGCUACCAACGGUUGCUCCGUGAAAGUUUGUGCCGUUGGUGAAGAGAGUGUGAAUUCGUGGACCACGUCCAAGGAGAAAAGCUCGACGACGGCAGAGGGCGACGACAGGAAGUUCGAGUGCCAGUAUUGUUUCAAGGAAUUCGCAAAUUCGCAGGCGCUUGGGGGUCAUCAGAAUGCGCACAAGAAAGAGAGGAUGAAGAAGAAAAGGUUGCAGCUUCAAGCCAAGAGAGCCAGCCUCAACUGUUAUCUUCAACCUUUUCAAAACAGUCUCGGUUUCCGUUCUCCCUGGCACUACGGUACCGCUGCCGAAGAAUCUCAGAUAAGUUUCGGACAAUUGGAGAAUGAUGGGUAUGUUAAUGGCUCGAAUCCAUCGAAAUGGAACGCUCAAAUGAUCCCUUUCCAACAAGAUCCAUCCAUGUUCACGUUAAUACAAGCUGAUCAUCACAGAUCGCGGGAGAACAGGCCUGUUUUCAAGCCUUCGUCGAAGCAAAACUGUAAAUCGUUGGAUCUUCAGUUAGGCCUCAGCUUGCAGUCUACGAUUCAGAGUUCCUCUGGAAGUGGUAUAUAGAACCAUACACAUAGGCCACGAAGAACGUACAUAAACAGCAGCGUGCAAGUCCGAGGCGUUGCGGCCGUAUUCGUAUCCGAUACAAGCGCGACGUGUAUCCGGUAGUGAUGGAUAAGACAUCAAAAAAGGAACAUAUACGGUAAAGAUACGUCUGGAGACAAUUGAAACAUGUCUCGACAGGACUGAAUAUAGAAUGAAUGUUGCUUCUUUUCUGUAUUUUUUUC